AUGGAUGUGUUUCUUAUGAUCAGGCGUGAGAAGACCACCAUCUUCAUUGAGGCCAAGGAGUCGAGCACGGUCUUAGAGCUGAAGCGCAUUGUCCAGGGCAUCCUGAAGAGGCCUCCUGAGGAGCAGCUGCUGUUCAAGGAUGACCAGCUCCUUGAUGAGAGCAAAACUCUGCGUGACUGUGGUUUCACUAGCCGUGUAGCAAAGCCACAGGACCCAGCCACAGUGGCCCUGGUGUUCAAAGAAGACGCCUCUGAAGGUGUGCAGAUCCACCCCUACUCUACUCCUCUGCUUCCAAGUGUGAUGAAAACUGGCACAGACAGUCUUGAUCAGGCUUUUAAUCUGUAUAGUUAUAGCCAAUAUAUAGCACAGAGUUUGCAAUGGCUUGAAACUGUUCCUGUUUUAGAUAUAACUCUUUAA